AUGUGUGGAGAAGACCGGGAGUGGUUGGAGAGGGAAAUGAAGGACUUGGCAUCUCGGAAGUUGUUUUAUUCUGCUGCAGCAGCAGCAGCAGCAGCAGCAGCAGCAAGGCAGCAGGGAGCAGCAGCUGCUGCGCCCCACAACUUGUGGGGCGACUGGUUCACCCCAGGGCAAAGCAGAUACACCGAAGCCCCCCCGUGGCAGCAGCUGCUGAAGGUGCUGCAGUUGUACCGGGAAGAAGCAGCAGCAGCAGCAGCAGCAGCAGCAGUGGGAGCAGCAGCGGGCCCCGCAGCAGCAGCAGCAGCGGCAGCAGCGCCCCUCGCCGCCCUCGUCUUCUUCCCCGACGCCGUCACUCGAAUUGCUGCAGUGUCUAGACACCUCAAGCAGCAACCUGGCAAUUUGCUGCUGCUCGGAGUUGCUGCAACAGGCCGCAGCAGCAGCGCGAAACUUGCUGCAUGCAUUAGGGGUUUGCUGCUGAAGGAAUUCGUGUGUCACGCCAUGGAAGACAAAGACACUUCAGAGGCGCCCUGGGGCAGCCCCCAGCAGCAGCCCAGCAGCAGCAGCAGCAGCGCCAGCAGCAGCAGCAGCAGCAGCAGCGGCGGCGGCGACCACACUGUGGCUGGGGCUGCGACCCCCUCCCAAGCCAGCAGCAGCAGCAGCGGCAGCAGCGGCAGCAGCAGCAGCAGCAGCAGCGGCAGCAGCAGCAGCAGCGCGCUGGGCAAAUUCCGAGAAGACCUGAAAGCAGCAAUGCUGGGCGCAGGCCUAGCAGCAGGAAAAGACACUUUGCUGCUGCUGAAUGAGAGCCAAAUUUUAGAUGAAAGAAUUCUGGGGGACGCAGAUGCAGUGGCAAACACUGGAGAGGUAGAAGGGCUGCUAGACCCAGAGGCAGUGGAGACGAUUGUAGGGGACCUCUCUGCCUCCCCCGCGCCCCGCGACAGCAGCAGCAGCAGCAGCAGCAGCAGCAGCAGCAGCAGCAGCAGCAGCAGCGAGAGCGCGCUGCGUGUUUUCAGAGAGAAUGUGCUGAAGAGGCUGAGGGUUUGCAUUUGUCUUUCUCCUGUUGGGGGGGCCCUUAGAAGAAGACUUCGUUUAUUUCCGGGAUUAACAAAAGCAUUUGCUGCUCAUUAUUUUGAAGUGUGGGGCCCCACACCUCUUGCUGCUGUUGCUGCUCACCUCUUUGCUGCAGCAGACCUGCCCCAGCUGCAGCUGCCGCAACAGCAGGAGCAGCAGCAACAGCAGCAGCAGCACGGGGAGGCGGAGGAGCUCAGCGCGGAGGCGCAGCAGCAGCGGCUGCAGCAGCAGCAGCAGCAGCUGCUGCUGCAGCAGCAGCAGCAGCAGCACAAAAGCAAACUCUCGCAGCUCUGCGUGAACAUACACCUCAGCGCAGAAGCAGAAGCUGCUGCCUUUUUAGAAAGAGAAGGAAAAAGGGUUUACGUGACCCCCAAAGCCUUCCUAAACCUCAUUUCCUUGUUCACAAUCCUGCUGGCCGAGCGCCGCGAAGCCCUGAGUCGGCGGCUGCAGCUAUUCAGCGCGGGGGUGCAGCACAUAGCAGCAGCAGCAGCACAAGUGAAGCUGCUGCAGCAGGAGCUGCAGCAGCUGGGGCCCUUUUUGAGGGAAAAGCACCUCAAGGCCGAGGCCCUGCUGAAGCAAGUGGAGGCGGACAAAGCAGUUGUGGACUUGGAAAAGAAAAAAGUUCAAGAAGAAGAAGCAAUUGUCAGCAGCCACAGAGCAGCAGCGCAGCAGCUGCAGCACGAGGCGCAGCAGGAGUUUGAAGAGGCUCUUCCGGCUUUAGAAGCAGCGCUCUCUUCUUUGGAUUCUCUGGACAAAAGGGACAUAACGGAGAUAAAAUCCUUCACAAAACCCCCCCCUUUGGUCUUAUUGACCCUCGAGGCCAUUUGUGUUCUUCUCGCAGAAAAGACAGAUUGGGAACAUGCACGCAAAGUCCUCUCCGACACUGGGUUUCUGAAUCGCCUCACCACUUUCGACAAAGAGCAUAUUCCUGCCACUACUUUGAAGAAGCUCGAAAAGAUCCUGCAGCGGCCGGACUUCACCCCGGAAGUGCUGGCGGAGGCGGACGAGGCUCUGCGGGCGGCGCAGUCGCGGUGCCAACUCGUGGAAGAAAAAGUAAAUAAAAUGAGAAAAGAAUUAAAAGAACAAAUAAAAGAAAAAGAAAAACUUGAAGAAGAAACAAAACUUUGCCAAGUCCGCCUCGAACGCGCCAGCUUCCUCACCCAGGGACUCGCCAAAGAAGCCAUCCGCUGGAAAGACAGCUUGGCAGCAGCAGCGCAGCACCUGGCCUCUGUGGAAGGAGACAGUCUCCUUGCUGCAGCAAGUUUGAUUUAUUUGGGGCCUUUGGCGGAGUCUUACAGAGAGCGGCUGCUGCUGCAGUGGCAGCAGCAGCUGCAGCAGCAGCAGUUGCUGCACAGCAGCGCCUUCGACAUCCGGCAAAUCCUCUCAAAUCCCGUCGAAAUCAACGAUUGGCGCAUGCAGGUAAAGCAGCAGCAGCAGCGGCAGCAGCAGCAGCAGCAGCAGCAGCAGCAACAGCAGCAGCAACUGUACAGCAGCAACAGCACCACUAGCAUCCCUCUCACCGCAACAACAGCAGCAGCAGCAGCAGCAGCAGCAGCAGUUGCCCCACCGCCAGCCUGCCCACACCAGCACCCUCAGCACCCCCAACACAAACACCAGCAGCAGCAGCAACAGCAACAGCAACACCAGCAGCAGCAACAGCAACACGAGCAGCAGCAACAGCAACACGAGCAGCAGCAACAGCAACAAGAGCAGCAGCAGCAGCACCCGCAGCAGCAGCAACACCACCAGCAGCAACAGCAACAAGAGCAGCACCCACAGCAGCAACAGCAGCAGCAGCAGCAGCAGCAGCAGCAGCAGCAGCAGCAGCAGGAGUGCGGCGUGCGUGCAGGGCCUGCCCGGGGACUCUUGUUCGACGUUUGGGUUUGCGCGCAGAUAGAGGAUAUAGAGGAGGAAAUCCCCGCGCUGUUUGCGCCGCUGCUGGCGCUGCCGCUGAAGAAAAAAGGGGGUUUAGGAGUCGCUGAAAAAGCGGCAGCGCUGCUAGUCAGCGGCUGCGGGUUAAACGCUGAGGCGGGUCGCGGCGAGGGUUUGGGCGAGGGUUUGGGCGAGGGUUUGGGCGAGGGUUUGCGCGAGGGUUUGGGCGAGGGUUUGGGCGAGGGUUUGCGCGAGGGUUUGGGCGAGGGUUUGGGGCCAAACCCUCUGCCGGAGCUGCUGCAGCAGCAGCAGUGGACGCAGCUGCUGCUGCUGUCGAGGGUUUUGCCUUCUUUAAAAGAGCUACCAGUUCAUCUUGUGGCCAACAGAGAUAAAUGGAUUUCUUACUUCAGCAGCACAAACCCUCAAACCCUAAACCCUCCUCUCUGGCAGCAGCAAAACCCCCAAACCCUCAGGGUUUUCGAAACCAUGAUGCUGCUCAACAUCGUUCGAAAGGACGCCGUUGCUGCAUUUGCGCUGGAAGUAGUGUCUAGGGUUUUGGGCCCUUCCUUCUGCAACUUGCUGCCUCCUUCGCUAGAAGAGGCGCUGCGCUGCUGCAGCAGCAGCAAACCGCUGCUGCUGCUGCUGUCUCCUGGCGCAGAUCCUGCUGCUGCUCUUGCUGCACUUGCGGAGCAGCAAAACCCUAAACCCCAAUUUGAGUGUAUUUCCCUGGGCCGGGGCCAAGCCCCCAAGGCCUCCCGCGUGCUGGCUACGGCCCUCAGGGAAGGGGGCUGGGCGUUGCUGCAGAACUGUCACUUGGCGAAAAGCUGGAUGGCGGAGCUGCAGCAGACAGUCGAGGGUUUGGGGUUUAGCGGCGACGAGGGUUUAGGGUUUGGCGAGGUGUACGUACACCCCAACUUCCGACUUUUUCUCACGUCUCUCCCCGUCGACUUUCUCCCCGCGUCGGUGCUGCAGCGUUCUUUGAAGUUGUCUUUGGAAAAACCCAAAGGGAAAGAGCCUCUUACGGAGCCCUCGGAUGGAACGGCAGUUACUACUUUUCGGUUUCGGACUUGA